AUGAUAUCCACAGGACCUAACAUAGUGCCCAGCACAUUGGUAAAUGAGCUGGGAGGGUAUGUUGUGGAGUCCACUGGGGUCUUCACGACCAUGGAGAAGGCUGGGGCUCACCUGAAGGGCGGGGCCAAGAGGGUCAUCAUCUCUGCCCCUUCUGCUGAUGCCCCCAUGUUCGUGAUGGGUGUGAACCAUGAGAAGUAUGACAACUCCCUCAAGAUUGUCAGCAAUGCCUCCUGUACCACCAACUGCUUGGCUCCUCUGGCCAAGGUCAUCCAUGACAACUUCGGCAUCGUGGAGGGACUCAUGACCACCGUCCAUGCCAUCACUGCCACCCAGAAGACUGUGGACGGCCCUUCUGGGAAGCUGUGGCGUGAUGGCCGAGGGGCUGCCCAGAACAUCAUCCCUGCUUCCACUGGUGCGGCCAAGGCUGUAGGCAAGGUCAUCCCUGAGCUGAACGGAAAGCUUACUGGCAUGGCCUUCCGUGUCCCCACUCCCAACGUGUCCGUCGUGGAUCUGACCUGCCGCCUGGAGAAAGCUGCCAAAUAUGACGACAUCAAGAAGGUGGUGAAGCAGGCAUCAGAGGGCCCCCUCAAGGGCAUCCUGGGGUACACGGAGGACCAGGUUGUCUCCUGCGACUUUAACAGUGACCCUCACUCUUCCACCUUUGAUGCCGGUGCUGGCAUCGCUCUCAAUGACCACUUUGUCAAGCUCAUUUCCUGGUAUGACAACGAAUUUGGCUACAGCAACCGGGUGGUGGACCUCAUGGUCCACAUGGCCUCCAAGGAGUAAAAGCCUCCUGGACCACCAGCCCCAGCAAGAGGAAGAGAGAGGCCCUCAGCUGCUGGGGAAUCCCUGCCCCAACUUAUCCCCCGAAACACUGAGAACCUCCUGACCUCCUGUUUCCAUCCCAGACCCCCUGAAGAAGGGGAGGGGCUUGGGGAGCCCUACCUUGUCAUGUACCAUCAAUAAAGUAUACUGUACCCAGCCAAAAAA